AUGGCCACUGCUACUAAACCUGAGUUGAAUACUAAGAAAAAAAAAGUGGACAUCUCAAGUUAUAAAGGCAUGGUUGGCUCACUUUUAUAUUUAACAGCUAGUAGACCAGAUAUAAUGUUUGCUACUUGUCUUUGUGCUAGAUUCCAAGAUGAUCCUAGGAAAUCUCAUUUGAUUGCAAUUAAGAGGAUUUUCAGAUAUCUCAAGGGUACUCCAAAUCUAGGCAUUUGGUAUCCUAGAGAUUCUGGUUUUGAUUUAAUUGGUUUUUCGGAUGCUGAUUAUGCAGGGUGUAGAAUUGAUAGAAAAAGCACAACAUACACCUGUCAGUUUCUAGGAAAUAAGCUACUUUUUUGGUUCAGCAAAAAGCAAAAUUCAGUUUCUACAUCAACUGCUGAGGUUGUAUACAUUGCUGUUGGGAGUUGUUGUGCACAGAUUUUAUGGAUGAAAAAUCAAUUGGUGGAUUAUGGUGUGAGGGUCUCCAAAAUUCUAUCUUCUGUGACAACACAAGUGCUAUUGCAAUUACUGAAAAACCAGUACAACACUCAAGAACAAAUCACAUAG